AUGGGGAUAUCGCCCUUCAGAAUCGACAUUUCCAAUGAAGAAGUCGAACGUCUGAAAAGGAAGUUGCAAGACACGAGAAUCCCAAAGGAGCCCAUUGUUCCUGGAGCCGGUGGGGACUAUGGUCCUCCUAUUGAAUGGUUCCACCGUCUCUACAACAUGUGGCGUGACGAUUUUGACUGGUUUUCUGUACAAGAACACCUGAAUCGACAUAGCCACUUUCUUGCCGACAUUGAUGAUGAGAGUGCCCAGUUGAAAGUACACUUUACACAUACCAAGUCUACAAGAGCCGAUGCCAUUCCUCUUAUUUUGGUCCAUGGCUGGCCUGGUUCAUUCCACGAAUUCGAUCGGGUAGUCGACGCCUUCGUCAACCCCGAGAAGCCUUCCGACCCAGCGUUCCACGUCGUGGUGCCAAGUCUACCUGGAUUCUGCUGGUCUUCUCCGCCUCCUCGGCGCGGUUGGACCUUGCAAGACACGGCGCGCAUCUUCAACAAACUCAUGAAUGAGCUUGGUUAUGCGCAUUACGUCGUGCAGGCAGGUGACUGGGGGACGUUUGUGGCUCGCGAAAUGGGCGCCAAGUUCAGGGAGUGUCAAGCAGUCCAUCUGAACUUUUGUCCGGUCGAGUUGGACGCCAACAUCACAGCCCUUACACCGCGCGAGCAGAAAAUCAGAGCACGGCAGCAUGAUUGGUUGGAUAACCAUCUGGGAUAUGCUGUUUGUAUGCGGACCCGUCCACAGACCAUUGGUGUCGCUCUGAAUGAUAACCCGGUUGGAAUACUCGCCUGGGUGGGCGAGAAAUACAUAGAACUGGUGGCACCUGCAAAAGUCGAGUCCCCGGAUCCGGCAUGGGACCAGGCAAUUCUCACCACAUGCUCUCUGUAUUAUUUCACAAGCUGCAUCAUGUCUUCGACCCUACCGUAUUUCGAGGGUGUCAAGCACGCUGAUUUUGGCAAUUUCUUCUUGAAGCCAGAGAACUACAUUGGGGUCCCCAUGGGAUACACCAGCUUUCUCUAUGACUCAAGGCCUGCGACCGAGAGGGGCGUGAAAAAGACGGGCCGGCUAGUCUUUUAUAAUGAGUGCGACGACGGCGGCCAUUUUGCUGCAUUGGAGAGACCGGAUGUUAUUCUCGCAGACUGCCGCAAGUUCUUCGGCGAGUGGUAUAAGAUAUGA